AUGGCUACCAACGACAGCAAUUUCACUGUAACAACAACAACAGAUGCAAGUAGUUGGUAUACAGUAUCAUUCAUUGCUAACCGAAUUAAAUUUUGGAUUCUCUUUGCUCUACAACUCUGUGCGGUUCCAUGUUAUCUCUAUAUAUUCUAUAAGUUUGCUUACAAAAAACGGCUUUUUCACAAUAUUCAACAUCAUGUCACCCUUCUUCUUCUUAUUGUUUCAUUUCUAUUCGUUACGAUCAAUCUUCCACUAUCGCUUUCCUAUAUGUACACCUCGUACGUUUACCCAUCUAGUUACUUGUACUGUACAUUGUGGAAUUGGCUCCAUUAUUCCUUAAACAUUAUCAAUCUUUUCCUCAUGGGCUUUGCCAGUCUUGAACGCAAUUGGCUAAUCUUCUAUCCGAAAUUGACCGCACAGAGAUGUCGUCGAUUUCUCUUUCACUAUUGUCCAUUGAUAUUCUGCGUAAUCUAUCCACCAUUCUUCUAUUUCGCGGCGAUGUUUAUUCAUAAAUGCCAAGCAUAUUAUGAUUACACUCAAUUAUUAUGCACUUGGCCGUGCUAUUUUUAUAAUUUACAAUGGACAAAUUUUGAUCUAUUCUUCAAUAACUAUACGCCACUAUGUUCAAUUCCAGUAUUUUGCUGUGUGUUGUACAUUCGGGUUUUGAUACAGAAAAACAAGUUAAAACAACAAAGAUUCAAAUGGAAACGUGACAAAAAACUCAUUCUUCAACUUUGGUCACAAUCGAGUUUAUAUUUAGCCAUGUGGAUGCCAUUGCAGUUGGCAGGAUUAAUUAAUCUUUACUGGGAUCCAUUAUUUCUGCUUCAAGAUCAAAUAAAUUAUAUGUAUUUGUUUCCUUAUUUAAUCCAUCUAUUGUAUCCCGCUACCAUUUUGAUUAGUUUUCAUCACGAAAUUCCGUCUAUUCGAAAAGUCACAGGCACUGUGGUGCCAAUGCAAACCUUUCGAAUAGCUAAUAUCAAAUAA